CGGGACGACAUCGCGCUUCGAGUUGGGCGUCGACAACUUCCACUUCACCACCGUCACACAACUUCCUCGAUGAAGCACGAGCAUGUUACCAAUCGAUUCAACGUACCAGCCAUGCGUCAGCGCAUCUGGAGGCUGGCGGGCGCCUUCCCAAUAGCACAUCUCAACCAAAGCUCACGCCUUUUUUCCUCUUCCUGCACAUCCUUGCUUUUCGCCACUCAACCCGAGAAAAGGCACAGUCUACCACCCAAGUCUGAGAGAAAGAGUCGGGUUAGGCGACGAGAGAAUUGCAAGCGGCGAUCACUGUCCAAAGAAGCAAUAACCGUUGCCCGUGAAUAUGCGAGACUAAAGGCCCUUGUGCAGGAUCUCCAUGACCCCCCAUCGUACCUUGAUUUUCAUCAGACCUGGAUACAUAUCCACCAGGCAGCAUACUACCAUGUGUUGAAUUUCAGAAAUGCGAGUGGAACUGCCAUCGCAACGACACACGGUUCACAAUCUAAGUCUGAGGCGGAGAGUAGAGUUGGGCGACGAGAGGAUUGCAAUGGACGACCACUGUCCGAGGAAGCAAUAGUCAUUGCCCGUGAGUACUGGGAAAUAGAUACGUCUUCCCCGGCGCCCCCAGGACAUACUCCUUAUGAUGAGGGACAUCUCUACCAGGCAGCCUACAACCAUGUGCUGAACCUUACCCGUGCGCCUGGAACUCCCAUCGCAAGGACGCACCAACCACCAAUUAUCGAUUCCCCGAUAUCAAACGCUGAUCCCCCAAAGAAGAAUCGUACAGCAUCAUACCGACAUUCCCAUGAUCGGAAGCCUCGCGUUGACCCAAAGUCAGAAAACCAUGCGUUCUGGCAGCAAUAUUACGCUCCCAAGGAGAAGCCACUAAAAAGCAAGCAGAAGCAAUCAAGUUCAGGGGUCGAAGAACUUCCACCACUAAACCUAGAGCAGGAACAGAUAGUUCAGCUUGCUGAAAGGGGCGACAACAUAUUUUACACGGGCUCGGCGGGGUCAGGAAAGUCGAGAGUUCUGAAGGCCAUUGUUGAGCGCCUUCGAGAUAUGGGUAAAAUUGUUCAGGUGGUGGCUCCCACUGGUAAGGCAGCCUUCAACGUACAUGGAAUAACCACAUGGUCCUACGUUGGCUGGAGCCCAGGCUUGACCAGACAAAGUAUCGAGGACCUUGUGUUCAAAUCAAAGUACAGCGCUGCCGCCAAAAGUCGAAUCCAAUACACAGAUGUUCUGAUAAUCGACGAGAUUAGCAUGGUGGAAAACCAUCAUUUCGAACGCCUCAAUACAGUUCACAAAAGCAUCCGCAAUGAUGACUCGCCGUUCGGAGGCGUCCAGGUCAUUGUUGUGGGCGACUUCUGUCAGCUACCACCAGUCUUGCCCUUCGAGCUUUGCUAUUAUUGCGGAUCCAAGAUGGACAAGAAUGACAGCAGAACCGAGAGAGGCAGGACAUAUACAUGUGUGCCGUGCAAUGCAACCUUUACGGACGAGGACAAGUGGGCUUUUCGGAGCAAAUCCUGGAAGGAAUGCAACUUCAGAACUAUGCAUCUCACCCAGAUUCACCGACAAAGCGACCCCAAGUUCGUUGACAUUCUGCAGAAAUGUCGAAUUGGCGUUCAUCUAACGAACCAGGACAUCGAUUUGCUCGUCAACCAUGCGUCUAACACGGGCAAUGCCACCAAGCUGUUCCCAACGCGGUCGGAAGCCCGUUCGGUUAAUAAUCGAGAGUUCUCCAAGUUGAAAGGCAAGCCCCGAGUCUUCAAUUGCAUUGAUGAGUUCCAUUGGAACCGCGAACUCCACCCAGAACUAGAAUACCUGGGUGAGAACAACCCAGACGGCACACUCAAAGCCCUCCAAGAACAAGUUCUCGAGCCCAAGGUCGAGCUCGAAGUCGGCAUGCCUGUCGUCCUCUUCCAAAAUCUCGACGUGGCCAAAGGGCUGGUCAAUGGUAGCCAGGGAGUUGUAAUCGGCUUUGAACGAGUGUCUUUUAUAGGAUUUAAGACCAACCCUGAAGUCACAAGCGACCCGGAGUUCUCAUCAGCCUUAGCGCUCGCAUUUAUCCGCGGGAUCCAGGACGAGGAGUGCCCGGUAGUCGACUUUCCGAACGGAGUAACAAAGCGCAUAGAUCCCAUCAUCCGUAUCGUCGAAUACGGGAGAGAACCGCCGCAUACUUUGCUCGCGCGAGUGCAACUACCGCUUGGUCCUGCUUGGGCUAUGACGAUACAUCGAUCUCAAGGCUUGACGAUGGACGGCGUUGUUGUCGACCUAUCUAAGGCCUUCGCUAUGGGUCAAACCUAUGUGGCCCUUUCCAGAGCCAAAUCACUCAAGGGACUGAAGGUGGAAGGAAGUCCAGAAAGGCUCCGGACUGGCAUGGGGUUGGAUCAGGCUGUCAAGGACUUCAUGGAUGAGACAUUUGGCGAUGUAUGGACUCGUGCUGGCUCCGUCUCUGGAACGUCCUCCGUGCCGCCACAGAUGCAGCAAGCUGUUGGCCGAAAGCGAGCCAGCUCUGGCUGAGAACAAGGCAGACAGCGCAUCAUGAAAGUCAUAUUGUAUUCUUACCCCCAGCCAUUGACACAUGGUCUGUAGGGAUCAAAUUUCGAGAUCAUCCACGCCACCCAUAUUGGACCAACGUGCCUCGCGCAUCUUCUUGACGCAGGGAUUCUGUCACAAUGAAGGUACACAUACGCCUACACUCCCCAUAACACUAAAAGAUAAAUAUCAAGCGUGCUCACUCGAG